AUGGGUAUUUGGGGGCUGACCCGCGACGUUCAAGGGUAUGCUCGCAAGAUCGACGAUGAUUUCUUCAGGGAUAGUGAAAUAUAUAUUGAUGGCCCAAGUUUGGCCCAUAUCAUGGGCGAUGCCCAGGAUAGUAUCUCCAUUGCCUCUUUUGAGAGACUGAUUCAGGAUGCGACUGGUCUAUUAGAAGAUAUCAAAAAGCUGAAACCGAAAUCAAUUCAAAUUGUGUUUGAUGGAACCUUGCCUCUGGAAAAACUGGAGACUAGGGUUGGAAGACGGCGAAGCCAGUUUAAUAAUCGCAAAGAAAAACAUAUCUUUGCCGUGUCUACUAUUCUCUAUGUUGUUUUGAAAGAAAAGCACCCCAAUGUCGAUGUGUCAAUUGCUGCUGAGGAGGCCGAUGAUGCUCUGGUCUCUAUCAUUGCUAGUUCCACCAGUUCCAACAGGAAGAUCAUAUUUACUAAUGAUUCUGAUUUCUACACUUUUAUAUAUCCUGGCGAUGUCGAGGUACUAUCGUAUCCCAGAUAUGGACCCUACUACAAUCAAGACAACAGGCUCAUUAUCCCGGAUCGGGCCAUUAAUGUGAAAAGUUGUCGUGAAGUAGCAACACGGACGUUGCGUUUUGCGACUGGUAAACCCCUGCGAACACCCAGCCCAACUUAUAGGGAGUCGCAAAUGGAAAAAGGGUUCACAUUCCUGAAUCCGAUGCAUGAGUUUGUUAAUAUAUACGAUCAGACUGGCAAAUUCAUGUCUUUCUUACCUGUCUUGACAAAAACCAGGAACUCCUCAGCCCCUUGGACUAUAACUGUCAUGUAUCGCUCAUACGCAUAUUCUUUGAUGAUUCGACAAUAUUGCAAACUUCACGACAAGCCUCUACCUCCUGCGGGGACAAAAGUCAAAGAAUACCUGCAAGACCUGGAAUUCUAUGUGGCUCGCGAUGUUCCAAUUCUUCUCGAUGAGCUUCCCUCUACUGACAAGCUGUAUUACGACUACAAGGGAGAGCUGGAUGACACGUUUAAGGAUAAUGACACUAUUGCUAGUUUGGUUCUGGACGAUAUCAAAACAACCGUCGAGCAGCGAAAGAUCGAUAAAAAGUUGCUUGAAUCAGCCAUAUUAAAAGCCCUGGAUAAAGAUAUCCAGGACGUGGUGUCAGUACCGCCCGAAGUAAUGGGCGAAAUCCACGGCUCUCUUUAUAGCCGGCUCAUGGCAGAACUCAUGGUCAAUAAAACCACCACCAUCGGUGCGUCCAAAAUCGGCUAUGCCAUGUGGAGGUUCAAAUCAGGCAGACUGACUGACAACAAGGACACGCUCGCACAGGAAAUGAGCAAAUUGGCUCUUUGA